CAUGUAAUACAAAAUAGUAUUAUUGCUAUUAGCAACAGCUUUUUGUUUUAAUUACCUUCCUGAGGUAGAAAUAGAUUUGAGUGCACCUCCAAGAUAGAGAUGGAAAGAGUCUGUUAGAACAGUUCUAGAUUUAUAUGGAUAUGAUAAUUCAUUUGGGCCUGUUUUUGAAUUUCAUAAUGAAAAUACAUUUUAUAUAUUGACUCCUGAAGAUUAUACAACAAUAGCAAAAGCAAUUAGAAAGAAUUUCCCAGAAUAUUCUUUAGAAUUAGAAGGAAUAGUUGAAGAAUUCAAUAGAUCAAAUAUUACUUUUGAAUAUAUGGCAGCUUGGGCAUACUUUCAUGAAAUAGGACAUAUAACAAAUGAUGUUACAGAAUGUACUGGUGUUUUACUAUCAAUUGGUGAUUAAGUGAUUCAUGGCAGAAAUAUGGAUUAAUAUCCAGGUUAAGCAAGAAAUAUUGUAUUACAUUUGACAAUUAAAAAAGAUGGUAAAUAUUUAGGAGAAUCAGUUGAUUGGUAUUGGUUUAAAGUUGGAUUUGUUACUUUAUUGAAAUAUAAUGUUGCAUCUCUCGAAGAAAAUUGGAGAUUUGGAAAUGCUUUGAGUAAAGAUUAAUUAUUAACCUUUAUUUAAUAAGGAGUACCUUCAUUAGCAUGGGCAUAUAGAGAUGUUUUGGUAAAUGAAAAGUUGAAUACUUUUGAUAAAGUUGUAACAUAUCUUGAAAACAAUUAAGUUGCAUGUCCUUUAUAUAACAUAAUUGGAGGAACUGGAAAAGAUUAAGGUGUUAUAAUCUCAAGAGAUCCAUUUGAAAAUUAUCCAACAAUUUCAUUAAGUUCUUAGCCAUUAAAUUAAAAUGGAUUCAAAUAUUUGGUAGAAACAAAUUAUGAUCAUUGGUUACAAGAUCCUGAAGAUGAUUAAAGAAGAACCAUUGCAGAGAAUUUAUUAUCUAAAAUGUAAAAUAAUUUAUUAAAUGAAUUUGGUGUAUAUGCUGUUAUGGAUACCUAUCCUAUUCACAAUGAAGGAACUUUCUAUACAGUCAUAAUGAAUGCCAAAUAUAAUAGAUUAAUAGCAUUUGGAUAACCAAGUAUUACAUUAUCAGAUGAAUGAAAUAAUAAUAUAAAAAUGAUAAAGUCAUCAUAGA